AACUAUUCAAAGAGCAAACCAAAAUGGAGGGCGGUUCUAUACUCCAUGCUUUCACUAACAUUUAUUUUGCCAUUUUUGCUCUGUUUUGCUUCAAGCUUUUAAUUAAGAUUUCCUUGGCUCUGCUGACCCAUUUCUAUAUUGUUAAAGGCAACAGGAAAGAGGCUGCCAGGAUAGCAGAAGAGAUCUAUGGAAUAGUCCCAGGCAGCUGGGCAGACCGGUCCCCUCUUCACGACGCUGCCUUCCAAGGACGCCUCCUGUCUUUGAAAACCUUGAUUGCCCAGGGUUUCAAUGUGAACCUGGUGACGACGGACCGUGUGUCGGCUCUCCACGAGGCCUGCCUGGGUGGCCACGUCGCCUGCGCGAAGGUGCUGCUGGAGAACGGUGCUCAGGUCAAUGCAGUCACCAUCGAUGGGAUCACUCCUCUAUUUAACGCCUGCUGCAGCGGCAGUGUGGCCUGUGUCAACAUGCUGCUCGAAUUUGGAGCCAAACCGCAGCUCAGGAACCACCUUGCUUCGCCCAUUCAUGAAGCGGUCAAGAGAGGUCACAGGGAGUGCAUGGAGAUCCUUCUAGCCCAUGAGGUUGACAUUGACCAAGAAGACCUGCAGCACGGGACCCCGCUCUACGUGGCUUGCAUGUACCAGAGGACAGACUGUGUCAAAAAGCUUUUGGAGCUAGGAGCCAACGUUAACAUAGGGAAACGAUUAGACACCCCGCUCCAUGCGGCAGCAAGGAAAUCCAGCGUGGAGGUAGUCGUCUUGCUGACAGACUAUGGUGCUAACACGAAAUGCAGAAAUGCUGAACUCAAAUGUCCCCUGGAUCUCGCCGUACCCAAAAGCAAAGUGGAGCAGGCGCUUCUGCUUCGGGAAGGUCCUGCUAGCCUUGCCCAGCUGUGCCGGUUGUGCAUCAGAAAGCAUCUGGGUCGGUCGUGCCUAUAUGCAGUCCACAAGCUGCACCUGCCUGAGCCACUUGAGAACUUUCUUCUUUAUCGAUAAGUCUGUGACUAUCUUUACACUGGAAAAGAAAGAGGAACAAAUGGUUUUUUUACUCCAAAAUUAUUAUAUCACAUAAAAAAAAUCAAAGACAUCAUUUACUGUCUACUGUGGAUAACAAACAUUAGCUGCUACGUGACAGUGCAAAUUCAAAACGCCUUUUCAUUGUGAAUGAUAUUAUGGAUACAGUUCCUUCAGUCUAUUUCCAAAUCCACUUACGCCAUCUUGAGAAGCUGUAGUACGUGAACAGCACACUUGACUUGUGUUUGCAGGUGCACAAGCAACAUCCACCCCCACACAGAUACACAGAGAUUUCCCCUGCAUUUAGUGUUGUAUUUAUUGGUGUAGUAUCUCUGCAGCUUCUUCCUCUUGUCUGUCCGAUCUCACUGUCAAAGUCAAGGCAGCGGCUGUUAUUCUUCCACUGGUGUGAGAAUGAAAGCCUUCAGUGCCCAGCAUCGGUCCUGUAUAGUAUAUUGCACGUCUUUUGUCAGCUUUGACUUUGCACCCUGCCAUCUCUUUCCUAUAGCCUAGUGGAGUCAUAGCAACUUCCAUCAGUCUCUGGCUGUCCAGCCACUCUAUGUCCCCUCAGCCCCGCUGCCCCCAGCGCUAGCAAAUCUUGUCCUCUGAAGUGCAAGUGAUGUUACCAACGCAGGUGCAGGAGUUUGGAGUAAGCCUACAAAAAUGUGUGAAAGUCUUAAAAAAACCUUCAUCUCUUCUAAAAAAAAAAUCCCUCCUAAGCUAUAUCACGUGAGGUCUGGCUGUGUUCAUUACAUGAAUAAUUUUUCUUAGCUUAAUUCCAGGACAGAACUGCGAAUGUUUUGAUGGGCACAGGAGGUCAGCUUUCAAUGUCUGUCCUUUGCAAGGUUUAAAGAAAAGCAAAGGAAGGAGUUGCUGCUUUUUUGGGCUUUGCAUGCUUUGAUAUUUCUCGAGGUAAGUCCUCGCACUGUAGAGCUGGAGAGAAGCAGGGCCCCUAAGGAUGGCUGUGCAUCACCCAAAUGUUCUCCUGGUCGGAUAUUGCUCACCGGGAGAAGUUUGCAGGCUGGUCGGCUCCCUCGUCCCGUACUCUAGAGGCUUUCAUUACCUCCCUGGGAGAAGGGAUUUUUAGAAUGAUAUGACUUUGCCCGUUGUGGUAUUAGUUUAAAUAUCAUCAGGGUUAUUCGCUUGGACACAGAAGACCUAAAAAAUAUGCACCUCUUUUUGCUGAGAAACGUGGGACACAGUGGCUAGUGCCAUGCCUGCGUGGCUCCGUAAAGGCUUGUUUGUUUUUCCUGUGGCAUUUGUUCUGAGGCAAGAAAUGUUUCUUCAGAGCUGAGUUUUGGUAAACUUCUGCCGUGAGACAGGCAAUGGUGUUUCACUAGUUGUAGAGAAAUGGGAAGCAGAGUUAAAAGGGGGAGUCUGUCUCCAUUUAUCUCAACUUCACAGGUCCAAGAGGCUGAUGACGCAAUUUCAGGCUAUGAGGUGUAGUGGUUUCCUCAUGAGCUAUGCAUGCUGGUACCAAUUUUCACGGCUCACACAUCUUAAGUCAGGGGUAACUGACCUGCUGGAGCCUGAAUAUGGGACUGGCUUCCAGCAGCCUUUGAGCUCCUGUUCCUGCUCCAGCAGCAGCAGCCUCUCUGGUUCAAUGCUAAUCCCUUAAUUUCAGCAUGACAGCUUCCCUCUCGGAGACAGAGGUCUAACAUUUCCCGCACUUUCUUAAGAUUUAUUCAGUACAAGUAAGAUAAAUUGUGCUCCCAGCACUUCAUGAGACUGGACCUGCAAUGUUACAGCCAAAAAUUAAUGUAGCUGUCAGCCUGUGUUUGCACAUAUUGAAUGCUAUCUGACGGCAAGAGCUAUUGCCCAUAAAGUCGUUAGUGACAUGAAUGACCUUGUAUAGUACGGUACAUCAUGAAUCUCAGAGAUUUGAACUCCAUAUUCCCAAGAGCCUCUGAAAAUCAAAUACUAGCAAGAAAGAAAUGUCUAUAUCAAUCUGAUGUCAGGAGAUCUGUCUCAGUCUUAUCUUUUCUGCCAGCUCACCUGCUCUGUUUAUAAGGUGGCAGUCAGAAUACCAUCCACUAUCUAAACAGAGAGACAGAGCCUCAGCUGUGGGGGUUGUCAGAACUUGCAUUGCAAUCAAGGAGCUAAGGCAAUUUAUGGGAUCUAUUUCAGAAUGUGUAACACUGAAUUGAUUUCCUACUGCGAUCAUGAAUGAAAGCAGUAUUUCACUUGCAUAGGACUUUAAAUUGAAAAAAUGUAUCUCCAUUAAGGAAAAGCAGAGUCUGUGCAGCCUCUCAGAAAGGUUUAUGUUAAGAAGCAGCAGAAGUUGCCCUAUAUUUAUUGCUGAUAUUAGCUUCCCAUCAAAAAAUCACUUCACCUUUGCUUCCUCCUGGAGACAUCAUUCUUCCUGAAAUUCUGUAUAUCAGAGAGUCUGUAGGGAACAGAGCCUUAAUAAAUCAGAAGAGAAGCUCAGAAGUCCUGAUGGUAAGAAAUUUCAUUAGAAAUUUUCUUGCUCUUAUCUCAAAAGAUUAAGCUACCCAUUUAAUUUUCAUUGACUGUGCUUUGUGUUCUAACAAUGCACGGAAAUAUUACUGAGGAAAUAACUGGAGGAGUUAUUUCUUUUAUUUUUUUUGCAAAUAUGCUGUCUCAUGUGACGAUAGAGAAAGACUGGGACAAUUUUCUAGGAGACUACUGAAUCUUGUUGGUGAUUUUUCAGGAUGAGUUUGAAAAUCAUCUCUCAGAUGUGGAUACAACAGCUUUUCCCUAGGCAGGAGGAGGCCUGACUAAGCUCUGAAGGUCUCUUUCCUUCAAAUAGGUGGCAUCUUCUCUGUUGUUCUAUGAUCAUGGACAGAAAGCAGUUAUUUGGGUAAAAAAUGGUUUUCCUGGGAACAAAGACAUUUUUGUGUGCUGCAAUGUCCAUUGCUAUACCACAUUUGUAUGAGUUUACUCCCAGCAACUGCCGGUACUAUCUGCUUCAGUGAGAAGUGCUGCAAGUCUCAACAGGAAUAAUUACACAAUAUCCUGGCUAUUGGAAAAGUUUUUCUGAACCACAAACACUUACGGAUUCUGGGUACAGACACUGACUUGCAGCAUAAAGUGUGAGCUUGGGCUCUGACCACCCGCUAGCCAUAAAGUCCUUCGUCCUGGGUAUAUUUUGCAGGAGUGGCUUAUAUGGGUUACUGAUGUACAGUAUAAAACUAAAAUACUUCCUUUUAUCAUUCUCAAUCUGUCGAUUCACUUUUCUUUUUUCUUUUCCAUCUAUUAUGAGAGAUCCAGUGUGGACUCAGAAAUGCCAGUGAUGAGGACUUCACAGAUCUCAGCCUAAUGAAAUGUUGACUUCAAGGCAUCAUUCAUUACUCAGUAUAUCUCUAUCAUUGCUCAUGAUCCAAAGUGAAACAAAAUUAAAUGGGCUUCGUGUCAGCUCUGUCUUUAUCUUUACUCUAAAAUAAGCAGUCUUCAUAUCUACAUUCCUUUUACCAGUAGAUGCAUUCCCAUGUCUCAAAACAUCUUUGCAAUCCUUUUUUAUUGCCCCCACUGUAUCUUUUCUCACACCACUAAGGUCCUGUUCAUAGGCAUGUCUUUCCUGAUCAUCUUUGUCCUGCAUUCACAUAUUUCUCCUCUGUCACUAAGAAAAUAGUUUUUAGUUUCCUCUUUGAGGAGCCUAUCUCUUCAAUAGCAGGCCUUUUAGCCAAGGUCAACCUGUCUCCUUGUUGUCUGUGUUAUUUCUCUUGCUCACCAGGCUGCUGUGUUGGGAUGUCCCCCCUCUGAAUUUGCACAUCUCAGCUCCGCCAAGCCCCAGGGAGGGCACUGGUGUUCAGAGAGCUGUCACACAGUGGCACGUGUCCUGCUCAUAGGCUUCUCAGCUGGCUUCAUCCUUGUGGGAGCAGGACUGUACGGGCCACUGUGUUCACGCCGAGCUGGAGCAAGUCAUUUUGACAUGCCAGGUGCUGUCUGGGCUAUCUCCAGGCAUGGCAACUCUACUUGCUGGAUGGCUGGAGAUAGUCACUUUUUUCUGUGUCUGAUCACAGCAGGAGACAUGCCGCUGUUGUUCACAGUUUGCACUAAUUUGUAAAGAGAGACAUGAUGAUGCUCUUCUUGCUCCCCCCUUGUUGCUGUCUCAGCACCCUGGCCCAAAACCUGGCUCCACAGGUUUCCUCGUAGCUUGAGAUCACUUUUUCCCAGACUCUUAUGUGCAAGCAGUCUGGCUAAUGGACCACCUCCUCAGGGACAGACAACAGUGAAAAUUAAUAGACCAACAUGUUUUGAAAGGGUUUAAAAAAUGUUUCUCAUGGUAGGUAGGAAAAGAAAAGUUACGUUCUUAUUUGUCCUCUAAAAGAUCUCUGUUUUGACCUCCUGAACAACCUUUUGGGUUCAAGGUGACCUCUGUCUCCUACGGCGCAACUCUGCUGUUGGCAUUUAACAACCCUCCAUGCUCUCUAGGACUCAACUUUUCAUAGCAGAUGUCCUAGUCCCUCAUUUUCUCUCUGUCUGUCUGAAUCUCCCAUUCACAGAAUGAAAUUUAAAAAAGGGGGAAAAUGCUAAGCUGCUGAAACUUGUGGUCAUAGUGUAGAGGCUGAAAUUCCCCACAUCUGCCUUGAGGUGCUGACAUCCUACCUUCCCGGGCAGAUGCAGGCUCUGAGGGAGUCUGCCCACCCAUCCACUUGUGCGCUCCGCUCCCUCUUCUUGUGACAGGACAUGCCCGUGCCACUUUGGACAUCGGGACCAGGGGCUCAUCUCCUCCUGACUCUGUCUUCCCCCAGGGAACUCAAGCCUGGUCAACAUCCAUCUCAUGGCAUUUAGACGACUUCUUGCCACCCGUGCUAGAAAUUAGUGUUGUGCUGCCCGUGUGCAAACCCAUGCGAAGGGGGUCAGUGUCCCCUCUGUGCCACUCUCUCCUCCACUUGCUGUCUGCUCAGGACAGGGCAGGAGGUACAAGGGCUGCCUGACACCUUUCUAUCCCAAACCUGACCUCCGUCUUCUGCAGCACAACUCUGCUAUUGGCAUUUAACAACCUUCCAGUCAUUGGAUUGAAAACUCUGGUGGUGUGUCCCAGCAGGGUGUCAGGGCAAGUCUGAUACUAAUAAAAAUGAAACACAUUCACUGACUCUUAGUUUAAAAAUCUGGCUGACCUAUAUGCUGGACUGACAGUUCAUGAUGCCUUUGUGUAUUUUUUUUUCCAGAAAUUAACUUUUUUCACACACCAAUUGCUCCUCACUGUGUUUUUUGUAAUGUUCCACGAAAGAUGUAUAAUAUGUUAAUGUCAAAUACAGAUUAUUCCA